AUGUCCCUGAGAUCCCAGAUCUUUGAGCUCUGGGAAGAGCUCUCCUUUCCGUGGAAGCUCCUGUGGCUGUCCUUCUGUUCCAUACCUCCAACAGUGGCCAGACUGUAUAGGGAACACAAGGUCGACACUUUGCUAUCGCCUUCCCGGUUUCAAGAGGCCUGGUUCAAUGAUUUCUGGGGCAAGAUUGGGGGCGAAUUGAAGGCCGGCGCUGUGGACCUUGUCUUGCCAUUGCUCGAUGGCAGGGUAGAAGGGGGAAAGGUCUUGGAUGAGCCAGUCGGCCCUGGUAUCGGUGGCGUGUGUAUCGAGUUGGGAGCCGGAAGCGGAUUCUGGGUCGACAUCUUUUCCGACAAGCAUCUCGAGUCCAACGCAAAGAGCAAGCGCACAAGGGUGACUCGCGCCUAUGGCAUUGAACCCAACCGCGAUCAACAUGUUAACCUCCGCAAGAAAAUAGCGGAAGCCGGACUCGAGGACCAGUACGAGAUUGUCCCUGUCGGCAUUGAAGACCUGGGCGAUCCGACAAAAUGGGGCAACAAGAUUGAGAAGGAGAGUGUCGACUGCAUAGUCUCUAUUCGCUGCCUCUGCAGCAUCCCCGAGCCCCAGCGCAACAUCAAGGAGCUCUACGGCUACCUGAAAAAGGGCGGUCGGUGGUAUGUUUUUGAGCACGUUCGCGCCGAUACCCCGGCGGCUCUACGUCUCUACCAAGGCAAGUACAUUAAUAUUCAAGCCUGA